UCGUAAAUACAACGCAUUUUUUCAUCUUGGACUCGGGAUGACAAAUAUUAUUGAGGUAUCGACAGUAUAUCUUCGAGUAAACAACGACGGUGCUGGCGGAGAUAUUGUUCAUAGAAGCGACGAGCAUCUUCGGAAACCAAUUAAACCAACUGCUUCUCCGCGAGAGCGUAUUUCUAUCUCGCGAAUAUCGGAGAAUUGGAAUUUCGUGAUCUUCGAGUCUGACUUACGAAUCCAGCGAGAAUCAAAGCGGUUCGAUUCGAAGCGUAAUUCUCUGAUCGUGAAAUACUCGAAUUUGACGAGAGAAUAUAAGAUGAUGCUGAUGCAGGAGCCUGGUUGGAAGCUAGAACGCAAAGGUUCGGGAGCGCAGGUGUUGCGCAAGGACGGAUCUCACUUCAAAAGCAGCACCGCACGCGUAUGUUUCCGAUGUGACGUAGAAAUCCGGGAAUUCGUGCCAGAUGAAGAUUAUGGUGUGACGGAGAAUAUGGAAAUGGAAACAGCCGCAAGUCCCUUGGCAAUGCUGUCCAGUUGCGUAGCAGCGCUCUGCGUCACCAUCCUCUUGCCUUGGCUCCUGAUCGGAGGUUAGAUCGUGCCGCUUUUAUCGUCGAUCACGGCGAGACGUCGUCAAUCGAAAGAUUUGCAUCGGCAAUAUCAUCCCUUCGACUGAUCUAUGAAUGUACUUGGAUAUUGGUAUUCACCUAUUCUUACGUCGGUGGUCCCAAUAGUUGUUGAAGGUAUAUGAUUAACGAUGGUUGUAACGAUGAUUCCUUGGGUCGAAUAUUCUCAAGGAAUGUUAAGAUGUUAUUGUAUGUUAUAGUAUUUAUAAUCAUGAACACUGUAAUACUUUCGGGCAUUUUUUUUCGGUUGCAAAGGUUCUUCACGCUUGAAUGUCGACCAUUGCAUUCGAGGAAAGACAUUUAAAAUUGCACGAGAUUCGAUUAAUUGUUCGACUGAUAAGUCGAAGCAAAGAGAUAAAUAGGUUUUAUCGCUGUGAUUAUGUAUAUAAUUUUUAAUUACAUUCGAUUGAUAUGAUAAUCCAAAAGUUUAUUCUUAUUAAUUUUUGUAUAUCAUAGAGCAUUGAAAAUUCUGUAAAUUUAC